AGACGCCUGGGUGGGGCCGUGGGGGAGCGGCGCGCGCCGCCCGCCCCUGCGUCUCCCCGCUGCAGCCAGCGCAGUGUCGGUUCCCAGGCGUGUGGGCGGGCGGCCGCUGAGAAGGCCGCUCUCUCGUGACCGUUUGUGGUUGAUCUCGGCGGCCAUGCUGCGCUGUCCCGCGCCCUUUGAUGCAGGCGGCGUCCACCGGCUCCUUGGAUGCCUUUGAGGACGGGUGCGGGGCCCUGCGCAGUGCCCUCCUGCGCCACGCUCGUUCCCAUGUUUUGAGCCUUAGACCCACACGACACACCUAUCCUGUUUUUUUCAUGAGCUGUCUCAUUCGUCCAUUAGCCCUGGUAAAAGGGGGCGACUAGGUAGCCAGGUGAGCCUUGCCCGUGGGAAUCGGAUGGACAAAUAGGCUCCCUUUGAAAUCUGCCGCGCGGGGCACUUGCUUGGCUGGAGAGGUGGCUGUGGUACAAGAGGAUCUGGGCUGCUUGUUGACCAGUUGCUCUGCGUCUCCGCCUCUGCAGAUUCUGUGAAAUCCAUGCUCAUCAAGUCUAACUGCAUCGAUCUCAGAGGGAUGUCCCAGAUGUACCACAUUAGAAUGGUGCGGCUAUCAGAGACUUUGUGAAUUAUGGAGGAAGCCCUUAGAUAUCAACUUUAUGUUGCCUAUCAAAAUGGAAAAGUGGACCAAGCACUGUCUUUGGGCUUUUUGCUAUGUUGGAUAGGUGGAGACCUUACAAAUUUCAUAGGCUGCUAUUUAACAAAUCAACUUUCCAUCCAGAUUGUCACUGCCAUCUUUUAUGUCAACAUGGACAUAAUUAUGCUCUCACAAUUUGUCUACUAUAAACUGAAGAAUCAGAAGAUGACAAAAUGCAGCAUGCACCUGAAGAAUUUCUGUGUGACCUGGGUCUUGAUCUGUAUAACAUUGUGUGCAAUUUUACCCAGUCAGCUUCUCCUAAGAAACCAAUUUCAUAGUAUUCUGCUGGAAGCAGGCAAGGACCCGCUUGGUAUGAUCAAACUGUCAGGGUUUGUUUGUGGCUAUAUAUCUUGUGUGUUUUAUCUGGGAUCUAGAUUUCCUCAACUGUAUAAAAAUUUCCAAAGACAAUCUACAGAAGGCACAUCUUACCUGCUGUUCGCAUUAGCCAUGAUGGGAAACUGGACUUAUGGACUAAGCCUUGUUUUAAAAGUGCCUGCUGCAAAAUCUCUCAGGAACCUCUAUCUUUUACACCAUCUUCCCUGGCUCAUUGGGAGCUUUGGAGUUCUGUUUCUAGACAUUUUUAUAACAGCACAAUUUAUUAUAUAUCGCAAACAGAACAAGAGAAGAUUCAGUUUAGUGGCAGUGGAAGUGAAACCAUUACUUGUGGAUGAAGAGGAUUCGCAAAACAUCUGACUCUUGUUGUUUUUGCUACUAUUUACACCUUAAGGACUUGAAUACUUUUCACAAAAUAAAAUCUGUUUAGAGACAAAACUCAUUGUUAGUGCCAUUCUUGGCAACAGUGCGGACUUAUACAAAUAAAAAUUGUCUACUGUAUUGUAUGUGGCAAGAUGACACAUUUUCUUCUGAAGUGUCCCCAGAUUACUUUUAUCUACUGUAAUCUUUUGUGUUGCUAGAGCAAUGGGUGCUCUAGGAAUAUUUAGAAUAGCCAAUAUCAGGGUAUAGUCCAUAUUGUAAAAUAACUCAGAAGCAAGUUGGAGGAAGCCACUGUAACUCUGUGCAGCUAUUCCUUAAUCUAAGAAGCUGUUGCUCUUUGGCAGUAUAGCCGUCUUGGCAAAAUGCAGUGCAAAUGAAUUACAAAUACAGCCAAAAUAAAACUAAAUAAUACUAAAUAAGUUACUAAAAUACUAAAU